GUAAUAAUAAUAAUCAAACAUCGAUUAAAGGCAAUGGUAAAGAAUGAGUGGGAGAAUGAAAAAUCAAUUCCAUAUAACCAUUUAAAUAGUUUCGCCGAGCAAUACUCAUUUCAACUUGUAAGUUUAACUUGGGUAUAACAUGAGAGUUUUUCCUGCUUCUUUUGUUUCAAUAAACCAGUUAAAUCAUGAGUCACAGGGAAAACACUGAAACCUAACUUAUCUGCUGUUCAAACUUUAGACGAGUUACAAUUCAAGUUAAAAAAGUAAACUAUUUGUGUCUCAUUUCAUCGGCCAAUAUUUUGUGUUCAAUCCAACCAUUUGUUGUUACCGAGUUUAGAUUGACGAUAAUCAACAUUUCAACCUUUUGGUUCCACAUUUUCCUAAAAUCUGAUAAUCUAUUCCACAACAUGAACUGUCCCAGUCUUUACCUCAUUUGAUCAAUCAACCGUUAUGGGUACUUCUUUGUGUAAACCCAAAAUUGACGAAGUUAACCUAAAAUCUUUGGCUGCUGAAACUCCCUUUCCAAUUUCUCAAUUGAAACUUUGGCACGAGGAGUUUCUUCGAAGUUGUCCGCGUGGUUAUAUGACCGAAGAGAUUUUCAUCGAAACAUUCCACGAAUAUUUCCCACCAAAUAAUUUGAGUGUAGUCAAGUUGGCAGAUUACAUCUUUAGCAAGAUCGACAUGAAUAAGGAUGGUGUAAUAACUUUCCCUGAAUUUAUCCGAGCUGUUGCCAUUCCAAUCUAUGGAGGAAUCGAUCAGAAACUUAAUUGGGCAUUUUCAAUUUAUGACACUGACGAUGAUGGUUACUUAACAAGAAAGGAAAUGUUUAGUGUGAUUCAAGCUAUUUAUGAGAGCAAAGGAAUGGUCAAAGAGCAGCUAGUUGGUGCUCAAAAACGAAUUGAUGAUAUUUUCGAUCGAAUGGACCUGGAUCAUGAUAAUCGAUUGAGUCGUGAAGAAUUUAUUUCUGGCUUUAAAAGUGAUCCAAUGGUUAUUCGUUCACUACUACAUGAUAACUUCAGAAAGAAUUCAAGUAACUGGUACAAGGACUUUGACGAAGUUCAUGAAAUUGAUCAAUGAAAAUCUGCAAUUGCUAUUUUUGUAUCAUAUUUAUUAUAUUGCUUUAAAUUUUAUCACAUGUUUUUGCAUUAAUAAAAUCAACGAGUUCACAUUA